AUGAAUAGCCGGGGAUCUAGUCACCGGCUAUCAUCAUCGGCGUCGAGUUUUCGGAAUCGAAUUUCUUUUUUGAUGUUAUCCAUGCUCGCCACCAUGUCUGUAUUUUACGUCGCCGGCCGAUUGUGGCAGGAAGCGGAGAACCGAGUUUAUUUGAUCGACGAGCUUGAUAAGAGAACUGGCCAGGGGAAGUCUGCUAUUUCAGUUGAUGACACAUUAAAAAUUAUAUCUUGCAGGGAACAGCAAAAGAAAUUAGCUUCUUUUCACGUGGAACUGGAAAAAGCUAGGCAGGAAGGCUUUGUACCUAAGCAUCUCUCAGAAAAUAGUGGAACUCAGUCUAAGAAAAAGCUUUUGGCUGUCAUAGGAAUAGUUACAAGGUUUGGGCGCAAGAAUAACAGAGAUGCAAUUCGUAAGGCCUGGAUGUCUACUGGUGCUGCUCUUCAAAAACUGGAGGAAGAAAAAGGCAUUGUCAUUCGAUUUGUAAUAGGAAGAAGCACAAAUCAAGGAGACAGUUUGGACAGGGAGAUUGACAGAGAAAAUGGGCAGACUAAGGACUUCAUAAUUCUUAAUGAUCAUGUGGAGACUCCUGAGGAGCAAGCAAAGAAGACAAAGUUAUUCUUCAUUCAUGCUGUAGAUCACUGGGAUGCUGAAUUCUAUGCUAAGGUCAAUGAUGAUAUUUAUCUUAAUAUUGAUGCUCUUGGGGCUGUUCUUUCCAGUCAUUUGGAUCAGCCUCGUGCUUACAUUGGGUGUAUGAAGUCAGGGGAAGUUUUCUCGCAGCCGUCCCACAAAUGGUAUGAACCAGACUGGUGGAAAUUUGGGGAUGGAAAAUCAUACUUUCGGCAUGCCUCUGGUGAAAUGUUUGCCAUAUCACAAGCAUUGGCUCAGUUUAUUUCGAUUAAUAGAUUAUUUCUUCGCACGUAUUCCCAUGAUGAUGUCAGUGCUGGGUCCUGGUUCAUUGGACUCGAUGUGAAGCAUGUCGAUGAAGGGAAGUUUUGCUGUUCUUCCUGGGCAUCAGGUGCCGUUUGUGCAGCUGCAUGA